CGCGCAUUUUAGCACACACCGCCUCGUCAUCCCCACUCAACCCAACUGAGAAAAAAAUAAAAACAAAGAAAGAGAAAAACGAAAAGCAGCACAAAUAAAAUACCACCAUUCUUCACUCUCGCACACUCGCCUCAGGAGCAAACAAGCAUUAAAGAAUCAGCCCAGAAACACUCACACACAAACAGAGCUUCUCAGAGUGAUUUCCCACUUUGAAAACCAGUUAAAAUGCUCUGAUUGUUUUGAAUCCUUCAUUCAAGCUCUUUAACCCGAAAAAUCACUGAAAAAAGCACACGUUUUUUUGGCAGUGUUUGGAAAUGGAGAAAGUUGAUGUCUUGGUGGUUAACUGCGAGCUUAAAGCUUGCGGGAUAGUGUAACGUGCUCAGUCUUUUUGUUCUGGAAAAUUAAAGAAGAUUAAUUUUCUUUUUCUAGUCUUCAUUUCCCUCCUAUUUUCUGUUCUUUUUUCGCGUCCCCUUUAUUUUCUGUCUCUUGAGAAUGGGUUGCAAGAGCAUGCUAACAGUAAACUUGGAUCCAGUGAGAAAAAGGAGUGGUGAGCUGAGAACAAAACAGGCAGGGCGCGGGUCUUGCAGAGGGAGUUAGACUAAGGCGUUUGUUUCUUAUUUUUUCUUUUAAAAAAAAUAUUCUCUAAGUAAAGGGCAAAGGGAAAAUUUUGCUCUCUUGGAGAGAGAUAAUCAAAUCACUUGGUCCUCUUUGUCAGUCUCACUUCUGAAUUGGGUCCUUUCGAAUCUUCAUUUAUAGCGCUCAAGAAUAUUGACAGAAUAUAUUUUUACUGGUUUUAUUUUGGGGGCAUUGUUUUUUUCUGCAAUGGGUUACUUGUUGAAAGAAGCUCUGAAGACUCUUUGUGGGGUUAAUCAGUGGUCUUAUGCUGUUUUCUGGAAGAUUGGCUGCCAAAACCCCAAGCUUUUAAUAUGGGAAGAAUGUUACUACGAAACUGCAUCAUGUUCAGGGCUAGCUGGAGAUCUAAAUCCAGACAACUCAUUUCAUGAUUACAGUGCUUCUUGGGUUUCAUCUGAAACUUGCAAUUUACAGUCGAGUGUUCGAGCAGGGAAUAAGAUUCAUUUGCUUGUAAACAAGAUGAUGAUUGACAAUCAAGUUAAUGUUUUCGGAGAAGGGUUAGUUGGAAGAGUUGCAUUUACUGGAAACCAUCAGUGGGUCCUAGCUGAGAAUUAUUAUAGAGAAGCUCAGCCAUCAGAGGUUCAAAAGGAGUUGUGCUUACAAUUUGCAGCCGGUAUGCAGACGGUUGCAGUUAUUCCUGUUCUUCCUCAUGGUGUUGUUCAAUUUGGUUCAUCCUUGAACAUAAUGGAGAAUAUGGGAUUCGUGAACGACGUUACCUCACUAUUACUUCAACUCGGAUAUCUUAAUGAACUACCUAAAGAACACACUCUGAAUACAGUCAACCCACCUUGCUCGUUUGAUAGCUUAAACUAUAUUUCAAACUCGGCGGAGCCUUCUAUGAUUGACAGCCAAACAUCUUAUUACUUGACCCCGAGCCAAAAUGGAGUCCAUCACCACUUGAAAUUUACCCAGCCAAUGAAAUUAGACAUUUCUUCUUCAAUCCAGUCAAAAAAUGUAGUGGCCAAGGCUGAAGUUAUUCCCUCAAACCCACAAAUGUGGUCUACAUUGUAUUAUUCUGAUGGUGGAAACAUUAAUUUGAAGAACCCAUCUUUCAGUGAGCUUAAAAAUUCUAGCUUUUCCAAACCAGAGACAAAUACAGGCACAAAGAUUGUGAAAAGUCAGUCGAGCGUGAUUAAGAGAGAGAUCGAGAACAAUGCAGGUCAGCAGGCCCUUAAUAUUCGUCUGCCUCAAUAUAACGAGCUUAUAAACGUUGGCAGCGAAGAAAAGCACAAUUCAAGAGACGAUGACUUGUUUGACGUCUUGGGAGCUGAUUUCAAGAAUAAGCUAUUCAGUAAAUCUUGGAAUAACGAGUCGAGCAGUGAUUUUCCUACUAUUACUAAUAGUCGAGCAAAUUCAGAAAGUGGGAUUUUCUCCUCGACUAGUUCCGACCAUCUCUUAGAGGCCGUUGUUUCUAAAAUUCACCAUCCGGUAAAAUGGGGCUUUGAUGAAAGUGUUUCUUGUGCAACCACAUUUACGAACAUUAGUGGCUCGUCUGGACCGAGUUCUUGUUCGCUACCUUACGGCAGGUUUGGGAUUUCUGAUCGCGUUAAAGGAGAGUCGGGAGCUUACUCGCAGGGGAGCUCGAUUUACGGGUCGCAAUUAAGUUCGUGGAUUGGGAGUGAUCAGAAGGGUAAACAAGCUAACAGUGUGUCCACUGGAUAUUCGAAAAAGACAGACGAUGGGAGUGGUAAAAUGGGUCGAAAGAGGCUGAAACCCGGAGAAAAUCCAAGGCCAAGGCCUAAAGAUAGGCAGAUGAUUCAAGAUAGGGUAAAGGAGUUGAGGGAGAUUGUUCCCAAUGGGGCAAAGAUUAUUAGCAAGAAUGGAGGUUUGGUUUUGAAAGACAACUUCGAAGGUGGAGCUACAUGGGCCUACGAAGUAUGCUCACAGUCGAUGGUCUGUCCUAUCAUAGUCGAGGAUCUUAAUCAGCCACGUCAGAUGCUUGUGGAGAUGCUCUGUGAAGAAAGAGGGCUGUUCCUAGAAAUAGCAGACAUAAUUAGAGGACUUGGGCUAACCAUUUUAAAGGGAGUAAUGGAGACUCGGAAAGACAAGAUCUGGGCGCGCUUUGCUGUCGAGGCCAACAGAGACGUCACAAGAAUGGAAAUAUUCAUCUCGCUAGUUCGUCUGUUGGAGCAAACAACAAAAACUGGCAAAACUACAGCUGAAAGCCUAAUGGCACAACAGUUUGAUCAAGUCACCUCAAUUCCUGUUACAUCCCACAGUUUCCAGUGA